AUGCAAACUGAAGAGAACAACAAAGAGGAGACUGCCAUGUCCAUUCCUCGACCGUUUGCAGUUUCCACUGGAAGAGUCGUUCGUCUACAUUUUACUUGCCGUGCUGAGCUUCCCAUCGGUUCGCUAUUGAGAGUGACGGGGUCGUCUCUUUGGGCUCCUCCAGCCAUGGGGACUCCUUCCGAUCCAAUGAAUGCUCAUCACAUUGCACAAGAAGAACAACGAGAAGCCUUCCCGACCGGUGGCGGAGGCGGAGAUGCUGUUGAUGAAAGUUUGGAAUAUUGGUUUCGACAUCCAACCAGCCUUUAUACCAGUAGUGUGGAAAUGGUUACCACUCCUGAGACUUAUCCGGAAUGGAAGACGGCCAAGCCUGUGGUAGUGGUUUUGCACCCAACUUCUGGGGCAUUGCAACAUCAUUAUUAUCGUUAUCUUGUAGUGACACCUGGAGCCAAUGCUGUUAAUGAUAGCAAUGGAGAGGAGAAAGAGGAUGCCAUGGAUGUGGCUACGGGUAAUGAAAUGUCCUCGGUGGCCGCUUCCGUCAUGAUGUGGGAACAACCCUACCCACAAGUACCUGGUCCGGUCGCCUCGUCAGUUAGCCUUGGAACUUCCAAGUCUGGGUCCGUGGCAGCGAACCAAGAUUCUCCAGCGAAUACAAUCCAACAAUUGGCUUCUCUGCCAUACCGAACCUUGAAUAUUAAUGUCGAAACGGCCCAAGUGGUUUACAACUUUGGUGGUGAUGCUUCUGACCCCAAUGAACGUAUAGAUACUUGGAACAACCCCGAAGACUUGACCUUUCAGGCCUACCAAAUUCGAGAAAGCAUGAGUCAGUCGGAAAAAGAAAAGAAUCGGCGUUCGCAGGAGAGCUCUCAAUCCAGUUUGAGCAGUGGCCUUGGCAUGGACGAAAGCGGAAGCGGUGUUUUGUCCAAGAAAACAAUGGCCCCCAAGAUUCUAUUCAUUUGCUUUCACUUGCCCGUUGUCGUGGUAAAGAUCAAUGGGCAGUGGCAGGCAACUUGGUCUGAAUCCCUGCUGGCUCACAAGGAAGGUAGCAAGAUUGUGGCAGCCUAUCGGGCCCAUUGGAUCGGAACUGUCACACCGCACCCUCCAAUCAGCAAUGAGGAAGACCGAGAAGCAGUUCGCAAGGUAUUGGCUAAUCUUAAUUGCACGCCCAUCUUUUUAGAGGCAUCUGUACGACAGGCCCACUAUUAUGGAUUCUGCAAGCAAGUCUUGUGGCCAGCAUUUCACAACAUCGACCUCUUGGAUUUGAGUGGCUCAGAGGUUUCAUCGUCACAAGAUAACAUUGGUCAGCACGCGGCGGCAUCUGACUGGGAUCAAUCGAGAUUGGACCAUUGGUGGCAGGCUUACCAACAAGUCAACCGGGAUUUUGCCCAGGUAGUCAACACUUUGGUGGAUUCUGAUGCCUCAACCUAUCUCUGGAUACAUGAUUAUCACUUGAGUUUGCUGCCCCGAAUGUUGGACAGGGAACCAGCCAAAUCGUGUCGCAAGGUAUUCUUUUUGCAUAUUCCCUUUCCGACCUCACAAAUCUUUCGCGAGUUGGAAUGCGGUGAAGAAAUUCUCCGAGGAAUGCUCCACGCUGAUGUGGUGGGAUUUCAUGCAUUUGAUCAUGCUCGGCACUUUUUGAAUGCUUCGAAGCGUAUUUUGGGAUUAAACAAUGAAAGCAUCGAAGGAGGGUUGAUAGGAGUAAACUUUUUGGGACGAACCGUUUUGGUCAGCAUGUCCAACGUUAGCAUUGAACCCAGAAUGGUUGAUGUUGCGUUGGCGCUUCCAGUUGUACAACAGGGCUCUCAAGAACUUCGACAGAAGCAUGGCCAACGAUGCAUCAUUUGUGGUGUCGAAGUUGCGCAGCGGUUGAGUGGCACAUCCCUGAAGCUGCUGGCGUAUGAGCGUCUGCUGCAAGAUUAUCCCAGUUGGAGGUCCCGAGUAGUCAUGGUUCAGCGCAUUUUGAUUCCCGGAGGGCGCAAGAAAGACGAACAGAUUACUCUACAGGAGGUCCGUGCAAUUGUCCACCGCAUCCAAGAUAAAUUUGGUCUAGAUGUCAUUGAUUACAAGGAAGUUGCCGGGGCGACACUACCAAUGGAUCAACGACUCGCUCUGUGGAAAGCUUCGGAUAUUCUAAUGUUGACUCCGAUUCGCGAGGGGUUGAAUCACUGGCCAAUGGAAUUUGUCUACUGCAAAGAUUCCCAAAAUCCAGGAGUGGUCAUUUCGUCAGAAUUUACAGCCGUCUCUUCCAUCUUAAAUGGUGCGCUUCGGGUCAAUCCUUUUGAUAUUCAAAUGACCAUUACCACGAUUGACAAGGCCUUGAGUAUGGACUACGAAGAGAAAGAAGGUCGCCGUUAUCGGGAUUUGGAUUUUGUUUCUAACUGUCCCUCUGACAAGUGGGUUCGCAAUGUUUUGAGGGAUCUAAAUGAUGUGACUAAUUCAUCCUCUAGGGGAAAGUCAUCGACCAACACGUCUAGCAGUGCGACACCCACAACACCAUCCUGGACGCCUCGUCGCAACAAACAGGAGCAGUUGGAUGGCACUGCCGCAUUUUUGCUCAAGGAGAGUCAUGCGUCCUUUACGCAUCUCACCUCCAAAGUGUUAAAGCAGGCCUAUGAUGCUUCAAACCGACGUGUCAUUAUGCUGGACUUUAAUGGAACGAUUGUUCAAAAGGAACCUCCUGGCAAGUAUUUGAAGCGAGAGAUCUUGGGGACUUCUGGAAACAAGCCACCACCCAAGGUUAUCGACGCUCUCACGCUAUUGUGUAACGAUCCAAAGAAUACUGUCUAUGUUGUUUCGGGAGAUUCGGCCGAGAAUGUACUCAGUGCCCUCGGACACAUUCCUAAUCUUGGAUUGGCGGUAUCUAAUGGAGCUACGUUUAGUGCACCUAGCCCUAAUGUGAAUACACCUCGCCGAUGGCAAAAGUUCGAUUUGGGAGUUGAUUGGGAUGCAGUUAAAAGAGUGGCUCUUCCUGUCUUGUCCAAAUACACGGCUCGAUCAAAUGGCUCGUUUGUGAAACUCACCACAUUUUCGAUUGGUUGGUCGUAUUAUUCGUGUGAUCCCGAGUGGGGCUCUCUUCAAGCAUCCCAUUUGGUGUUGGAGCUGGAAUCUGAACUGAAGGCAUUUGACGUUCGAUUUGUUACCUUGAAGGGAAUCGUCGAAAUCGUGCCGCGAAAACUCAACAAGGGUCUCGUGGUCAAGAAGGUCCUACGGGAUAUUUCGAGAGAGUCGGUCGAUCAAGGAAUUGACUUUUGCAUGUGCUUGGGAGAUGAUAUUUCCGAUGAAAAGAUGUUCACGAGUGUCUUCUCUUUUAUUGCGGAAAUGGGUCAUGAGGAGUCGGCACACCCAGAUCCUCCUGUUAUUAAUGAAGACGGAUCCUUGGACACACCCCCGGACUGGAGCAUGCUGCAGACAAAGGUUUCAGAGCCGAUGUACUGCUACACAUGCGCUGUAGGUAAAAAGCCGUCGCAUGCUUCCAUGUAUAUGACGGAUGCCAAGGAGGUUGCCGAUGCUUUGGUGUUGCUGGUCAAUAGCGAGCAUACCUCUCGAUCAGAACCGAAGCAUGGUGGUUGGUUUUCAUAA